UAGACAGCACAUUAACGAUUUUGUGUCGUAUUGCAAUCAAUGGUAAUAUGCAUCAUUAUCCAGAUUCAUCAUAUGAAGCACGCAACAGAAGUGAACAACGUUCUGUUGUUUAUAGGGGGCAUCCUCCUGACCAGUAUUACCCAACAGGACCUGGUUAUGGAGGUUCAGCACAGUAUGGAAUGUCCAGGGAAAUGAGGGAAACAUCUUUUGUAAAUGAAAGAUAUAGGGGCAAUCCACAAUCAAUCCAGUCAAUCGACCAAUAUCCCAAAGACAGAUUGGACCAUUCGUAUUACCGUGGUAACCCACAAGAAAUAGAACUACCAGAUAUGGGCAACCCAUCGUUUCGUAGACCGUAUGUCGCGUCACCAUCAUCUCAUAAAAUGGACAGAACCCAAGAGCGAACACGAUCUAGGGAAAUGAUGAAAAGGGCGUAUGCUAAUGAAGGAUUUGUACACACACCGCCGUCACACCAAACAAAUGACCAGUAUCCCAUGAACAGAUUUGACCAUUCUUAUCACCGUGGUAGCAUCGAAGCGAUAGAACAACCAGGUAUGGCUAACCCAUCCAAUUAUAGAAUACAUGUCAUGCCACCAUCAUCUCCUACAAUGGACGGGGCCAGAGAGGGCACAAGUAAUAAGCAACGCAAGAUGAAACGCGAAUCAAUUCGUAUAAUCCUGACCAGGGUUUGUUCAGCAGUAUUUAUUAUCGCAGAUUGUGUUUUUGACUGGAUGCAGUAUACUGAUAUGACAACUCCACCAGAAUUUUUCGCUGAAAUCGGAAGCAAUUUUCUACGGUUACCAAAGACGGACAAGCAUUGCACAAGUAAGGAUGAUGUUGCUGAGAAGUAUAUGUACUUUACAAUUGCUGGAACAGUUCUGACAGUUAUACAACUUGCAAAUAUUAUCUUUCAGAUUUAUAGCGAGGUUAAAUAUAUGAAGGAGAAAACAGAAGCAGGUGACGAUAAUGAUAACAAACAAAAGAAACCGAUGGCUAAAAUAAUGAAAUAUCCAAAAAAAUUACUGGAUGGUAGGACAGAAACUCUUUAUUCUGUUUUAUUUAUAGAAAUUCCGCAAGGACUUCUUCUCCUCCGUUACCAAAAUGUAUGUUUACCAAGUUGUGCAAAUCCUCUGAAUAGUAAAAAGGGUACUAGACGUAUCAGGAAUAUCGUUAAUGGGGGUCUUGCAAUUCUGAACAACGCUUUUCGUUAUUGGACAUGUACUAAGGCUAUUGAAGAAUCAGUUGAGGAUGACACAUCA